UUAACACGGUCGCAACACUUUUAAAUUGGGUCCGAAAACAGUGGAGAACAGAUUAGAUUAUUUUAGGUCACGAGAUGCAGGCAAGGGUGCUUUUGGUUUUGUUGUCUUGUGUAACCUUUACUCUAGCAGCGAUUAAUGAUCCAUGCGCCGGGCCUGCCGACUGCGCUGAUGUGGCGAACGCGGUGUGCGACCUCAGCGUAGGCCAGUGCGUUUGCGACACUCGAUAUGUUUUCACCACCGACGGAACCUGCGAGGGAGCUGUGAGCAGAGCGUGCAUUAUCGAUCAUGGAAAAGCGUGCAAUGCAAUUCCGUACGCCCUGUGCAGCGUUCCCAGCCUGCUGACCUGCGACUGCACCAACGACUAUCUCAUAUCUGACGACAGGACUUCUUGCAACACACCUGAAGUUGGUGGUCAUUGUUUGGACAACGCUCAGUGUUCGGGACUCGGAGCUUCCUCUUGUGUUGACGAGCGGUGCGUUUGUGACGCCGGGCAUGUUGAAGGCACCGGUGGUGGCCGUUGCUACCCAAUCUCCACCGGACUUUACGAGCGCUGUGAAAAUGAUGCCCAAUGCGUUGCUCUGCACCCUGGCGCUACUUGCCAGGGAUUGAUUGGGCCAGAGUGCAGGUGCGCGGGGAGAUUUAUCGAAAACGCCUCAAACACCACUUGUGUUGAAAUUUCUCCUCAAAUUGGCGAUUUCUGCGAGGUGCCCAUCCAGUGCAGAGAUCCGAACUCGAGCUGCCUCGGUGGAACUUGCCAAUGCAACUCUGGCUAUGUUGCAUCAAUAGAUCAAGUCAACUGCAUCCCACAGGCUGCAGUUGGAGGUUCUUGUUUCCAAAACCAACAAUGCCAAAGCGGUUCAUGCGUUGGGGGAGUGUGUUCAUAAAAUUUCCAAAUCAUGUAUAAUGAAAUUUAAGGACAUUUUAGAAUGAAUAUUUUUAACUGAAUAUAACAAAAGCCAAGAAAUACUUUUGAUUUAAUUUUUAUUUUGUCUUUCUCGAGAGCAUAUGAUUCAGAAUCCGUCUCGUUUUCUUCAACACAUCAAGAUCUCAUAAGUAACAGCAAUAAAUAUAUAUAUUUUCGUCUUUUUGCGAA